AUGCAGCCGGAUCCUCCUUAUCCUGAGGUCUUCUGGACAAGCAGCAGUGCAGUUUUGAGCCCCAACAGUGUCCCACUGGGAUUGUACCCCACUGCGGCUGGGCCCAGGACCCAUCGGGACACUUCCUCCCCUUGGCCUGUGCUAGAGAGGAAAAGGCAGAGACUGGAUUCUAAGGACGGCACGUGCCUCUGUUUCCUCGUGGUUUUUCUGCUGGUCUUCCUGGCCCUCACAGGGGUUGGAUUAGCAAUGUUUCAGAUCUUCCAUCUGCAGAAGGAGUUGGAGCUCUCCCAGAGUGGACAUAUGCCUCAGCCUCCAGAGAUGCUCAAAGGUUUCCUGAACAGAACAACAGACAAGAUGGUCAAGAGGAGAGCACACUUAACAGGUGAAACCAGCCAGAAGUCUCUGCCACUAGAAUGGGACAGUACCUAUGGACAUGCUUUCCUCUCUGGCGUCCGAUACGAAGACAAGGGCCUGGUGAUUGACGAACCCGGCCUCUACUUUGUCUACUCGAAAGUGCUCUUCCUUCAGCACUGCAGCUUCCAGCCUCUUGACCACGUGGUUUUCAAACGGAACCCGGUUUACUCUGGUUCCCAGGUGCUGAUGGAGGACAGGAAAAUGAACUACUGCACAAGCAUGCGCAUGUGGAGUCGCAGCAGCUAUCUGGGCGCCUUGUUCAACCUUUCCAGACAGGACAGCCUGUAUGUGAACGUCUCUCAGUUCUCCCUGGUGAAUUACGAGGAAUCAAAAACCUUCUUUGGCUUAUAUAUGCUUUAG